AGCACGGAGGCGCAGCUCAAACAAAUAGAGAGCAUGAUGAACAUGGCAAACACGUCGAACCUGUUUCCAACCAUGGAUAUGUGGGGUACUAAGUUAGUGACUCUUGACGUAGAAAUACCACGCGACGCUUCACUGCGUAUGCUUUUUACAAACCCAGGCGCGUUUUGGCAUGCGAAACAGCACAAUUUCUCCAAUUGGUUGAAAAACACGUUCAGCAUGUAUACCAUCGCCAAAGCUCGAGCUUUUACGGGAGUAAAUCAUGAUUUUCGAUUUAGUCACUUGUUCCUACCACGCACAUGGCGUCAACUGGGCAACGUAACCUCACAUUCUUCAGCAUCCUGGCUAGCACCAAUACGACGCAUUGCGAUGGAUAACUAUCUGGCUAUAGGCCGUGCCAUAGCUGACAAGGAUGAAGCCACUCUGAAGGUGCUGACGACAGCCGACCAUGCCACCAAGGUGAACAAGAUUGUUCGCACUCGUAAACCUAACGAGGUUUGGCAAUGGAAGGUUCUAAGCGACGUUUCAGACAAAGCCCUAUUCCAAGAGAAAAGCUCUACCAUCGUAUCCAUCCGUUCCGGUGAGGUUUAUGUUGCGAAGGAACCCCCGAAGCGCGGCAACCGGCUAGUCAUACAUGCACUAGUCAAGUUCGAGACUACGCAGGAACUCAAGGUGUUUACCAAGCAGGGCCAGGCACUAGAUGCUAAAUCUGCAGAACCUCAUACUGUCGUGGAAUAUCUCGUGCUCGAGAAAGUGGGUUGGUAUGACAAUACGUGGCAGGUGCGGGACCAGAUCUACAAGUAA